AUGGUCCUCUACCUCAUCGGCCUCGGCCUCGGCGACGAGAAGGACAUCACGGUGCGCGGCCUCGAGGCCGUGAAAGCCUGCAGCGAGGUCUGGCUCGAGUCCUACACGAGCGUGCUCGGCGUCGACGUCAAGGCGCUCGAGGCCUACUACGGGCGGCCCGUGCGCGUCGCGAGCCGCGACACCGUCGAGUCGGAGUGCGACCAGAUCAUCGGGUCCUGCGUCGACGCGGACGUCGCGCUGCUGGUGGUGGGCGAUUCCUUGUGCGCGACGACUCACGCGGACAUCGCGCUCCGCGCGCGGGCCAUGGGCGCCAAGGUCGAGGUCAUCCUCAACGCGUCGGUCAUGGCCGCCGUCGGCAAGUGCGGGCUGCAGCUCUACAGCUACGGCGCGACGGUGUCGAUCUGCUUCUUCGAGGGCGAGUGGCGGCCGACGUCGUUCUACGACAAGGUCCUCUACAACGCGAGGGGCAACAUGCACACGCUCUGUUUGCUGGACAUCAAGGUGCGGGAGCCGGACUACGAGGCGCUCGCGAAGACGGGCCGCACGACGUACCUGCCGCCGCGGUUCAUGACCGUGAACCAGUGCGUCGACAAUUUGUUGGAAGCCGAGGCGAAGCACCAGGGCGGCGUCUGUACUGGCGGCGCCAUGGCCGUGGGCUGCGCGCGCCUCGGCCAGCCGACGGAGCUCAUCGUCGCCGGCACGCUCGACGAGCUCCGGAACGUCGACUUCGGCGGGCCGCUCCACUGCCUCGUGCUCUGCGCGCCGGAGCUCCACGAGCUCGAGCGGGACUACCUCGCCCAGUUCCCCCUGCCCGUGGCGCCGCCGCCCGCGCCCUAA